GUUGUGAACGAAACGGUAUUAUUUGAAUGAAUGGUAGAAAUGUUGGACUGACUGUCGGCUCACAGACUCAUACCUCUGAGACACACAUCUAAUGAGCACUGAUUGCACACCAAAUGCCAUAAGACGGUCACAAUGGGCUACCCGUGCGACGGUUGCCAUAGGUUAGUGUGCGGGGAGUCUACAGAAGUAGUUCGCAGAGUGUACGCGUGUAGUGGCCAGAGUAUGCGGUAUGUGAGGGGCUGUGCAUGGGUUGAGUGGCGGCUAACGGCCAUUGUAUGGGUCGGUGUAUUGCAGUGCUAUUGCAGUGAUGCUAUGGAGAGACAUCCAUCGCUUGCACCCAAUCAGAGCCAUCACCACAACCCGCACCACAACCAACACUCCCAUCAUAACCAACACUCCCAUCAUAACCAACACUCCCAUCAUAACCAACACAACCAUCAUUCGCUUCACCCGACGGUCAGUCAGUCCCAGUCAGUCAACCACAGCCGCAGUCAUCACAAUCACAGCCAUAGCCCUCAGGGGCCCAGCCAUCCGUCACAGGCAUCCCAUCACACCGUUAUGUUGAAUGGACAGACAUCGCAAUCGGUGGUCAUCGCAGCCAACGACAUGCAGAACUCGGUUCACAAUCAGAAACAACACAAUCAGAACUCCAUCCGAUCUCAAGACGACGCGAUGGUCCGCUACUUCUUUCAGAGACCCCAAACGGAUCCCGACUUUCAGAACUACAACAAACACACGCGUUGGGCGUUAGGCGAUGACUCUGUCCUCGAGGUCCGGCAAAACGAUAACUCCGAACUGGUCUCUGAAUUCCAGGCACUGGAUCUCGAGACUGAUGGUUUUGCGUCGACUAAGAAGAUCUGGGGAAUGGAGGAACACAACCCCCAAAUGAAACACCCGGACGACCCCAAAGGGCUGUUCUUAGGUGAGCCUCAAUGGGGUCGGGACUCGACGUGGAGUACGGGCGGCCAUACCGAGAACGCGUCGGACCACGCGGUGUCGCAACCAAUUAUGGUUAACUCGAGAAGGAGUGGUUCCUAUCCGGGCAGUGAUCCCCCAUUAAUGCUAAGCCCGCGCUCUAACGACACGGGAGGGCUGGGCGUGAAAAUGGUUGAGUACGUGUUGGGCAGUUCGCCCACAACUAAGGACUUGGACGGACGGAUGCAUUCGCGUCUCAAAGCACUGGAAAAACAUCAGAAGCAGAUGAAAGUGGGUUACGACGAGUCGAAAAUGCAUCACAAAGACCCGUCCGGUGCCAUCAUUCAGAGCAAUGGGAUUAUGCAAAACGGUUUGGACGACGAGAACAAAAUGUUUAGUCGGACUCCCGGUUGUCAUCAGUUAGAGGACGACAACGAAAUGGCCAAAAAUCAAAUGAUAGUCAACGACAUGUCCAAAAUGAAGCCAAACGACGGCAUAAUGGGUGGCGGAAUGCCUUAA